AUACAGGCCCCUUAACUGAUACAGUAUCUAGUCUCAAUUCCAUGUAUUUCAGCUUUAAAAAAUGAUUCAGUAAAAGUUAUACAUUAAUCGAUUUAAUAUCUGGCAAUGUAACGAUCGCACUACGGAGAAAACAUCUAAUCGUAACAGAGCAAAUGUAGGGUAAAGGUCAAGGGUUCAAGGACUUGCCUACGAGACGAAGGUCAUGGAGCGAGGUCAUGCAAAUGGCACGGCAGCAGCAGGUUGAAGUUUGACUACGGCAGAGAAAGGAAACCUGAAUUGAACUCUAGAGUAACCAUGGCUUCUGCUGAAGAAAUUCAAGAUAAAGAAGAAGACUGGCAGAAGAGCGAAGAUCCUGUGAACUCAUUGUUACUUCAAAUAAAACAAGAGUAUGACAACCUAGAUGUUCCACAUCUUCUCCCCCAAAUGAUAGAUGUUAUCAAUUCAAAAUCAGAGACAACAUAUAGAAGUUCACCUUUAGAAGAAAAGCAUACCACUCUGCUUUCUAUGCUGCAAAAAUCAAAUGGCAAUUUAAAUUUACUAGAACAGUCUGACAAUAACAGUAGCGCUAUCUCCUUUGAUUCCCCCAAACAGCCAUCAAAUGAAGAAAGAGCCAGCAUGCAUAGCAGUUUACAAAGAAUGAUUAUGGACAAGAGAAAGAAAACUUCAGAAUAUCAUGACACAAGCCAACAAGAUUUUAUUCAGAACAAAGAACUAAUUGAAACUGGUGACAAUUCAGCAGAAAGCCCCUUUUCAAGUUAUAAGGAGGACCGAAAAAGAAAAAUGGGUCAUUUGGAGGACUCUUAUCCAGAGAAAAAGCAGAACAUCAAACUGGAAGAAAACGGCAAUGUUGAAAAAACCAUAUCCAACCCUGAAGCACAACCAAAUCCACAGGUGAAUAAAUCUGUCAGUAAUGGUGGCCAGUGCACCACUUCAACACACCCUCUUCUCAGUGCUGUGUUACUAAGUGCCACCACAACCAAAAAGUCCCAGCCGUUUUCUCAAAGUCCGAGUUUCACUAACUCAUUGAGGAUAAGAGAGCCAGAGAGUACUACACAGAAUGUUGGACAAGUUGAUGCUACCACCCUGCCUUGGGCAUCAACUUUGAUGCAGUCAAUCGCCUUACAGAAAGGAAACAUCCAACCCCAAGGUGCAGACACUGGGUCUGCUAGUAAGCUGCUCCUUAGGCUGAGUCAGUCUGCUAAGAAUGUAAGUCCAGUGCCAUCUGCCAUGGAGAAAUGGAGAAAAUUGCUUGAUGCCAAAAGAGAUCCUCUGAAAGUUAAAACCCCAUUCCCUUCACAAGGUAAACAGAAGAAAAAUGCUGCAGGCAGGAGAGUUAAAAAGAAGAAUGCUCCGACACCAUCUGCUAAAGUAAAAAGCAAAAAAGUGAAGACUGUGGCUGACACAGAUGAAGAGGAUCUCAACUCUGAUGACUUUGUGCCUUCUGACAGUGGAAGUGAUUGUGCUAGUCCCCAUCUUUGGCCAAGAAAGAAAAAUGAUAAUGAAAAUAUUGGUCAUGUGUUGGCCUCAUCACCUAACAGUUCUGUGCAGAGACUGUCUCGCCAAGCCAAAGAAAAAGCCAAAAAAGUGAUGACACUGGCUGCUUCAGAAGAAAAUGAAGAUGAGAGUGACGACUUUGUGCCUUCUGACAAUGAAAGUGAUCAUGUCAGUUCACAUCCUGGGUCAGGAGAGACAAAAGAAAAACACAAAGGUUCAACUUUAAAAAGUCUGUGGAGACAGAUAAUUCUGCCUAGAGUCAUAGAAAGCAAGAGAAGCUCAUAUCCGUCCCAACAUACAGUCACUGGAGUAUCUGACCAAGUUGGCAUUAACAGAAUGUCACCAAGUAUGAAUGGCAGUAGUGAUAACCAAGGCACAGAAGUAAACACACAGCCAGAAGACUGGUGUCAGUUCCAGAUCAAAUACGAACCAGUUGACGAUGAAACAGAAAGCCCAGCAUUAAACCAGGAGCAUUCUGAGUCAGUAGGAGCUGGUCCUGUUGUAGGAGAAAUUAGUCAGCCCGAAUAUAAUUCAAAUUUUAUUAAUGGUGGACUGUUAAGUCACCCAAGGAAGUCUGGACUGGUUGCUUCUUAUGCUGCAGAGGAUUGUGUCAACCAUGUGUCACUCUUGAGCUCAGAGCAGAAUCAAAUCAUGGUGUCAAACCUGGAGAAAGACAACGCUAUUCACAGGCCAAUAAUUAACACUAAUAAUAUCUCAGAGGUGGAGGUUAAGGAGGAAACUGCCGACUCGACCACUGCUGACAUGGAGACAGAUAAUGCGCGUAUAUCAGCCCAGAGGGAGUCUUUGCAGCCAAGGUCUUCCUUAGAAACUGUAUUACAUGGUAGUGAUACGGGGAACAGAGAUCAACAUAUCUUUAACUUGCCUUCAGUUGAAAUAUCAGGAAACUAUAGAUGGAGCAAUACAUUGCUCAAUGCCGAUAAUGUGACAGGUGGACAACCUGAAAGUUUGUCAACUAACAGUUGUAGUUUUGAAAAAAUGGCACUGUUGGACCUGUAUCCUUUUGAGUGUCCUGCACUGAAAGCAUCAGAUGUUAUGCACAUUCAAUUCUACUCAGCAAAACAAAUCCAGGCAGCCCUUGAGAAAGCACACUCUGUGCCGGCAUCAUCAAAAAAGAUUAUGGACUUCAUGCAGCUUAGGAAAGAGUACACUCAGCUGACCAACAAAGAGCUCCCAAUAUGUUCAGUGCAUCAAGAUUUGUUCAUUCAGCAUGGGGUGUUUACAUGUGUCAUCUGUAUGCAAGCACAAUACAACAAAGAUGACUUCAUCAAUCGCACUCUUACAAAUUUUGAGCUUGACCAUUCUAGAUUUGUUGUUCAGAUGUCCCCAUACAAGAAAAUCAUUUCUUUGCAUGCAAACUCCCCUAUUUGCAAAUUUUGCUUCAGUCUCAUCAUGAACAAGGCAACAAUACCAUUAAUUCAUACAGAUGACUUACUGUGGUGCACUCAGUUUUUGUAAUCUAGAAGAUCCCGAUAAAUGAUACAGAAUUAUUUUUGACAAAUUAUUAGUGGCUGUUUCACAAGGCUAUAUAUAAUAUUUGAAUAUUUAUGAUAUUUGCCACAUAUAAUGAUUGGAUAUUAAUUAUACUUGAAUAUCCAUAAAACAUUUUAUCGAACUCGCUGUCAUUUCAAAAACUGUAACAGGGAUCAUGCUUGUAAUUAAAAUACUGUUGAUAACAUCACAUUUAUUUAUUUAUUUAUUUUUAAUUUUUUAUUUUGGGGAUGGUCUUUAAAUAUAUUUUGUGCAUGCAUUCUAUUUGAUGAUGCAUGGUGCCCUCCUUUUAACAAUAAAUAGAUAAAUGAAUAAAAAGAGUGAAAAAACAAAAUAGUGCUAUAUUGAUUGGAGACUUUGUAUUCUUUAGGAAAAAGUUAAAUUCAAGCAAAAAAAAAAAAAAC